UGAAACGAUCCAUUAGGCUACUGACAACCUCUUCAAAGCGUGUGUUCUUUCGCGAGACAGACGGGAACUACAUGAACUUUCACGAAUAUUUCGUUUACGUCUGGUAAUCAAUGCAGGACUCAUUUCUCAUACAAAUCUGUUCAAAUUGAUCAUCUGCUAUGGAUUUGAGGGACUCAUCUCCAACCUCCCCUCCUCCGCCAUCUCUGGAAAAUGGAGAAUCAGUCAUUGAUACCAAUCCUGCGUCCUGCUUCAUGAAACCUGCCAAAUCCCUCUCCACCUCUGAAACCACUACCACCAAGUCCCCAACAGCUUGCUCAGAUACUCCCAAGACACCCCAAAACAUCUUGCCUGUUUUCACAGCCACAACCAAAGUGGAUGCCUCCCCAGGCUCCAUCAAAGCAUGUACUUUCUCCAUCAAUCCUCCUGGCACCAGCGCAGCACCAUCGCCAAACACCUCAGCCAUGUCUUCCAGUUCCUCAAAGCUCGCAGCUUCCUCUGCUGCCUCCUUAUCACCUGAUUCGGAGUCAGCCUCUGGCACAAAACAAAAGCCCUCUUUACCUCGACCGAAGAGUUUUCAACUGCUGGCCAAGAGAGUGAUCAUGCAAGAGAAGAUGAGGAAGGCCGCAGAGGCAGAGUCUUUUGAAGAAGAGGAAGAGGAGGAGGACUUGCCCUUUGAAGAGCUGGAAGAAAAGGCCAAGGGUGGAGAUGCAAAGUAUCAGAGCCAACUGGGUAAGUACUACCUGAAACUGGCCGAGGAGAGAGACAAAGAAGAGAAUGAACAGCUGGCUGUGGAGUGGUUUGUGCAGGCUGCCAAACUGGGCCGCAAGGACGCGGCUAAGAUGCUACAGCGCUGCUGGAUUCAGAGGAGAGGCAUCACUCCAAAGAAUGAUGCGGAGGUACGCAAGCUCUCAACGGAGAGCAAGUUUGAGCAGGCGGUGAGGCGGGCAGCCAUGAUGAUGUUCCAGAAGCUCAAUCCAGACGGGAAGAAGACCGUGGCUAUGUCCGAAAUGCUCCAGAAUGUCGACCAGGUCAAUGCAGUGCCAGGAACAGCGGCCACCUCCAUUGACAAACAAAAGAGACUCCUGGAGAACAUGGUGGCCAAUGAAUCUGGACAAUAUGUUGACCUAGACCAUUUUGUGGAAAUCACCAAGAAAUACACAGAGAGCAUUGCACCGGUCACCAUUCAGGAUGAAAGGAUAAAUGAUGCCCAGGAGUCUAUUAAAACAGAUGUGUGUAAACAGGAAUCGAGUGAGAUGGUCCCCUCGAACCGCAGGUUGAAAAGGCACAGCUGGGGCACUGAAAUGAUGCUGGGCAACAGACGCAGGUUUGCCAUGAAGAGAGCCAUCGAUAUUAAAGCUCACUUUCUGGGCCUUCAGUACCCUCUGAACAUCAUCCUGUCCAUGAAGGACCAGCUGGUCGAUUGGGCCUCCCGGGCCGGCGUCCAGUGGCUGAGCACGAUCAUCCCCACGCACCACGUCAAUGCCCUCAUCUUCUUCUUCAUCAUCAGCAAUCUCACCAUCGACCUGUUUGCCUUCGCCAUCCCCCUGUUCAUCUUCUACCUCUCUUUUAUCGCCAUGGUGAUCUGCACGCUCCGCAUCUUCCAGAGCAGCAAGGGCUGGGAGAACUUCAGUGCGAUCACGGCGCUGCUGACGCGCUUCGAGCCCAGUCUGGACGUGGAGCAGGCCGAGACCAACUUCGGCUGGAACAACCUGGAGCAGUACUUCUACUUCAUGACGUCGGUCAUCUUCGUCAUCUUUACUUUCCCGGUGGCGGACAAGGGCUGGAUCCCGUGCUCGGAACUGUCUACAGUGGCCAUCUUCUUCACGGCCCUCAGCUACAUGAGCCUGAGCCCCACGGCAGCCACCUACGCGCGGAAGGCCAUCUUCAUCGAGGUGGCGUCGUCCGCCUGCACCAUGACCAGCCGCCUGCCCGACACCAUGGUCAUGGUACGCAUGCUGGGCAAGACGUUUACCACCGUGCCCCUGGGCCACUCAGUUGUGCUCAAGCUCAGCUUGCCCUGUCUACUCUACAUCUACCUCUUCUACCUGUUCUUCAGGAUGGCGAGGAUGCGCGGCUUCAGUGGGACCUACUGCUUCCUGGUGCCCUACCUGGUGUGCUUCAUGUGGUGGGAGUUCUCCGUGGUGCUGCUGCAGCACUCCACCCCCGUGGGCCUCAUGCGCACCUGCGUGGCCUACUUCCUGCUGCUCUUCGCCCUGCCCGUCCUGGCCGUUGGCCUGGCCAUGAUGCUGUUCAUCCAGAUGGUCAAGUGGUUCGUGGAACUGGAGCUGACCAAGAUGCUGGUGACCCUGGCAGUGUGCGCCGUUCCGGUCACCCUGCGCCUGUGGACGCGCUUCAGCCUGUCCAUCCUGGACGUCUUCCACUCCAUCACCCACCGUGGCCCCGUCAAGCUCAUCCUGAUCUGCAUCAGCACCAUCAUCCUUCUCUGUGGGGUCUACCUAUACAAUGUGGAGGGGCUCAAGGUGUACAACUCCACGAUGACCUGGCCGAAGUACAGCAAGUACUGCGGUCCGCCGGCGUGGCAGGCCCGGGGCAUGGCGCAGACGCAGAUCUGGUGCAGCCACCUGGAGGGACACCGGGUCACCUGGACGGGCCGCUUUCGCCACGUGCGCGUGGCCGAGACUGAGAACGGGGCCCAGUCGGUCAUCAAUCUGCUGCCGGUGUUCAUGGCUGACUGGAUGCGCUGCCUGUACGGACAGGCCUACCCCAAGUGUGAGCCGGUCAACGCGACCGCCUCCGGAGUGAACGGGUCGGCCCAGCACGUUCUGCUCCAACAGCAGCAAGAGGAGGAGGAGAUGUGCCAGAUCAAGAUGCUGGCCAAUCACCAGUGCCACGUCAAGCGCUUCGACAGCUACCGCUUCGAGGUCACCGUGGGGAUGCCUUUCGACGGCACCGGCCCUUCGGUCGAUGACCCGAGCUCUGACAUUGUCCUGCGGGCCAGCCACGAGUUCCAACAGGUCCUGUUGAACCUUGACCCGGGGAGCAUGGUGGAGUUCAGCACCAAGCUGGAGGGACGGCUGGGGGCCAAGCUUCCUGUGUUUGAGCUCAAGGCCAUCCACUGCCUGGACUGCAAGUCCUCCCUCGUGCCCGAGGGCCGUCAGGUGAAGAUCGAGCGCAACUGGCGACACAGCGUGAUGCGCUCCAUUAAGUUCGCCUUCGACUUCUUCUUCUCCCCGUUCCUCUCUGCCAGGAUCUGAUGGGUCUGCCCACUCAGGACCAGAGAGGUAAAACUGAACAUUAAUGCCAAUUAUGAGUAUUUUAACAUGGGAGACAGGCAAUAACUAUAUUUAUAUUUAUAUCACUUAGCAGAUGUUUCUUUUCAAAGAAAAUUGGAGUAAUAGAAAGGUAUACAUUUUAUCUAUGUCUGUGUGCCUUAGUAUUUUUUUGAAGAAUGUCUGAGCUGCUCUUCUUGUUGGUAGCUGUCUAAGUUAAUUCAAAGUCAUUGGAUGACAUGAAGCAACAACUGAGCGAAAUUCAUUUACAAAAUGCUCAUUGCCUUAAUCAUCAAGAUAAUGUCUUUUUCUUGAUAUGACAGUAAAGGAGAUUGUUCAA